AAAAUAUUCAAAAUCAGAGCCAAAAUUAAAACAAAAACCCUAGCGCCUCUCUCUCUCUCUCUCUCCCACACUCUCAAAUCGAUUCCCUCGCUAUCGCCAUUUCUCCCUCCAUUUUCGCUCUGGAUUUUGAGCUUCCUCUCUCCACCUCCCGAAUCGAGAGAUUCUUUAAUCUAAAGCUGAACCUUUCUCGAUCUGAACGUUUUCCGAAGCAGAAGGUUUGAAUUGAUGAUUUCCGUUGCUUUCUCUCGUCCUAUAGACCUAAUCUAUAGUAGCUGUCACUGCUCAAGAGAGAGCAAUAUCUGCUAAAACAAUCGGGAGAAUCAAUAAGGCCAACGCCGCAUAUGGGGAAGGUGUCACCUAAGGACUCGGAUUCGAAAAUCUCAGCGAGGAAGAAGAAGUUGAAAAGUUCAAGCAACAAAUAUUUAAAGCCAGGGGCUCUGGUUCAGCUAUGUUACACCAAAGCGUCGGCUGCUGCUAAGUCAUGCAACGAUUUGGGGAAGAAACGAGUACCUGUGUUUGAUACUAGGCAUGCAAGGAACAAUAGAACUGCUGUGGAACCUGUCGCUUCUCCCAAAAGCCCUCUGAUGUUGUCGCCGGUCAACGUUGUUAAGCGGAGCAAUCUGGUGAGGCCGAUGAAGUUCGAUGAUCUGCAGGUGGAGAGUAAGGCUUGUAAGAUGUUAUCCCCGAUGGGUAUUGUUAUGCAAAACACGUUGUUGAAGACACCGAAAACGCCACAAGCUGAUCCUUGCAAUUCUGAAUCUCAAUUUGAGUCUCUCCCCAUGGAUUUACUGGUUAAAAUAGUUUGUCAUCUGCACCAUGAUCAGCUGAAGGCAGUUUUCCAUGUUUCUCAAAGAAUAAGAAAGGCUACCUUGAUUGCAAGGCAAUAUCAUUUCAAUUAUACAACACCGGACCGCUCAAGGCAGGAAAUGUUGAGUGUCAUGACCCCAAUGCCAAUAAAUCGUUGGCCAUUUCUUAGCAAAGGAGAUGGAAACCCAACAAUGGUGUCAAGCCCACAUACCCCAAAAGCACCAAGACAUGCUCCUCGGCCACCUUUUCGAACCAAACUCACAGAGAUGAAGCAAAUCACUGCUGUUCUUUUCCAAGACCAGACGACAUUCCCUUCAAGAUGCAUCGUUCCUUCUGUUCUCCAAAGGCCGACUUUGUUCAAACCAUUGGCUCCCAAGCACCCUCGAGUGCUCUUCUAUGAGGAUGAAUUAUGUCAAGCUGUUGCUCAAAACAACCUUCGCUGAUUACACUUGCUGCGGUCAGACGCUUCGUUUCGCUUUUCCCUCUCUGUUCAUAUUACCUGUGUCUUCAUCGCCUUGAUCAUUGUUCGUGAUCAUCUUUGUCCUCAUCAUCAUCAUCAUCAACUGUUAGAUUAUAUAGUAAAGAGCAUGCAAGUUUUGUAGCAGUGCUAGUUCAGGGUUCUAGGUUUACAUGACAUCUCGUAGUAUCAUUUUAAGGUUUCUAAGGUUUAGUCAUCUGAGGUUGUCAUAAUAAGUGUUUUUGAUUUGGUCGAUUGAGUCUUGUGUAUAUUUUCUGCAUCUAUAUGGAUCAGUGGUUUUUUUUCCCCUUCCAUUUAUUGCUUUUGCUUUCUUUUUUCUUAUAUUGGUUCUUAAAUUUUCCGUGAAUGGAACUGUACCAAAAUUGAUGACGGUAUCCUCGUGUUCAUGUAAAGUAUACGAUUUAACGACACCAG